AUGGGAAAGAUCAACCCGAAGUAUCAGAAGACCAGAGCAGUAGCCAAAGAGGUGGGGGAGCUCCUCCCCGAACUUAGACCUGGGGGCACAUACGAAAAGCUGGAUAUCCGUGGGCCCGCCUCUAGCGGGGGCGUCGAUUCCGAAUUCUACCAACGAGGCGUCAAGGGUCGAGGUUCAGAAAGAAAACCCAAUGACGUAGCUGUUGUGGUGAAUGACCAAAUAGCUCGCUUGAAGGUAGACGGGGAUCAUUGGGCACGUGUGGAUCGAUACGGGUUAUGGGUUCGUCUCCGUGGAGUGAAGGGUUCCACGUCGAAAGCGCUUCGCCAAACGUUGGAACAGGAGGGGAAAAUCAAUCUCUGUCGCGAGCAGCGGUGUCCGCUUGAAUUGCAACCAACACCCGGUCUACAUUGCAAAGCUUACGCUUCGGUGGAUGCCAAUGGGCUGGUGGAUUUGGGAGCUUAUGCAGGGUGGUCCACCCGCAGGGUGAUCGUCUUGAUGGGUCGAUGGCUACGUAGAAUGGUGCGGGGGCUUAGUCUCUGCGUGUACUAUCUGAUGGGAUGGUUCAUUCUCAGACAACUCUGGGCAAAGCGGACGCCACCCAGAACCAUAGUCGAAGGAGCCGUCGUCAGACCCUUGGAUGCGGAAUCUGAAUCUGAAGUAGAGGUACAAGAUGACCCUUGUGAGGCCGUAUUAGUCGGUUUGGAACAUGGAGGCAAACCGAGAGCAUUGGCCACAGACCCAUGUGCAGAUCGGGCUAUCGGAGAGCCGGUCCGGCUCCUGGAGAGGGACAGAGAACUCUCUGACGUCAAAAGGAGAUCCUCCGUCAGGCUUUGCGACCAUCAUCGGCAGCUCUACGUGGCGGCAUGUUCAAGCCGAAAAUGCAGCGUGUUGGCUUGCUACGAACAGGUUGAUGGUGCCAAACAGGGAGUUCCCCUCUGCAAGCACCACCUGACGGACCUUGGUGGUUGUGCUCGCCCUACCCGCAGGGUUAGCUGGACACAUGAGAGAGAUAGCUCCAUUGCACGAUCCGAGGCAUCUAUGUCCGAAGGAGAAUGCCUCACCCCUGCACGAAGAAGCCGCCGGAUCAUCUUUGACGGCGCUGAACGACUUGGGCCCAGGGCUGCUUCGGCCGAUCCUAGUGAAUCCCAGAAGAAGAUUGAAGGCAAGCUUGAGAAGGGCCCGUGCAUGGUGCUCCUCAGACCAAAGUCAUUACAAACCGCGGAGGCCCCACCCAGGUGGACUGCAUGGUUGGGGCGCAUCGAGGGGUUCGCCGAAGAAGGGCGCAGCCAGGAGCUGCUCGAAGUCCACAUCCCUUCCUUGAAGCAAACGUGUGUGAUCCACAGAAGGCUGUUGAAAGGGUCCCCUCGAGACAACGGGGCGGGUCGAAUUAGUAAGCAUUGGGUGCAGAAGUUCCUUCAGCAUACCCAUGACGAAGAAGUCGGCCAAGGGAUAUCGGUCUUGGUCGCGCGCCUGUCCGAAGACCAAGCAGCGGCCCUGAAUGCCUGGGACGGUGAGGUGACGGAUGAAGGAGCGAAGCCAAGUAAAGCCUGGCAGGGGAGACUCUACCGGGAGAUCCUCCCACAUGCUGAUGCAUAUUUGCGUGAAGAAGCUGAGAUGUCCGACGACUUUAUGACACCGCCAAAGCCGAAAGUCGAGCUGGAAGAGGGUGCGGGACCGGCGAUUCCACCCUUCCCAGACCUAGAUGAUUCAGAUCGCCAGGGAAGAAUGGAGGCGGCUCGAAGAGCUCUUGACCAGCACAUUGAGGGAGAGAUAGAUUCCGAAGUGUUGCAGACCGUGGCCACUGCCUUCGACCUAGAUCAUGAGCAACUGGCUCAGUCGAUGUAUGCGAGGAAUCACCGCCUUAGCUACUCGAAGCCAACGACACCACCAGGAUUGGGAGCCGACCAAAGCGAAAUGGAGUUUGCAAGAAGACCCGUGACGGCAACUAUGCCAGGAGGAGUGACCGUAAAGCCAGCAGUCCCCCGGCCGGCGAAUCCACUUCUGCCGAGGAGCUCCUCCUCAAUCUCCCCGGUCCAGAGAGGUGGAUUGUCGCUCUUUCCCAAGGGGUCAGGCGGUCGAAACAGUCUCGUGAAACCAGCAUCGGAGCAGAUGCCGGAGGGCAGAGCAGGAGCCACGUUCGGAGAAGCCCUCGGAGACAGCACACAAGUCCAGAGCGCGGACCGCAUCAUUCACGCCAUCGACGGUCUGAGAAGAGCACAGGAUGACGACAAAAACCUCACGAAAGGGACCUUGAGUUCUAUCAAAGAGGCGGAGAAGAUGGACGUCUUCCUGGCACGAGGCUGUGGCACCCUGACCGUUGAACUCGCACCGGGAGUGUACGGGAAGGAACUUUUCCACGCGGGGAAAAGGGUGGCAAAUCACGCUCGCCAUAUGCUGCACUUGAUCAAAUGGCCGGUGCUGAUGACCAACAGGGUCCUACUUGGCAUCGCUGGUCUGUGGUGGGGUGGCAAAGACACCUAUACCUUGCACGCAAGUGACUGCGUUACCGCUCGGUCCGAGCAGUUGGACAGUUGGAAUCCGUCCUCCGACAACAAGAUCGAAAAUCGCAUGAGACCACCAGGAGUCUUCAACACUUGGCUCAGGUACGCGGAAAACUCAGUUCGCGUGUUUGGAUCCUGCUAUGGUACAGAGCAUAUCCAAGAAAGGCUCGAUUGUCUCCAAGCCCUGAAGGAGGCCCAUGAAGAAGACGAGCAUGCCUUCCCAGCUGCCUACUGCAUCGAGCUCUUUGAGGAACUUGUCGCGGCUUGGUGCGAAGAACUGCGAGAAAGCAGAAGGAAACUCUGCUCUCUGCUGGGGACCGAAAAUCCACGGCUUGAAGACCUGAAGCUGCUAGCUUUGGCGCCGGGAGCGGAUGGGCAAGCAAACUUCCAGUUUCCAAGCAUAUGGGAUCUGGGCGACCCGAACGGAUAUUACCAGACAGUUGUGGUACCCAGGCAGCAAAGGCAAAUGUCGAGGCUGCUCCACAAGCAGCUGCACGACCACAACCUCAAGCAGAAGAAGACAGCUGGUCCAGCUGAAGAUGAAGAGCCAAGGACAGGGAAAGCCCCAAAGCUUAACCUGAAAGACAAAGAGGCCGAUGGAUAUGCGGGCGGCAGCAUGAAAUCAGCCUACCCAGCUGGAAAACGGCUUACACAAGGAGAAGCUUCACGGUCCGUGGAGCACGCACCUAAGGAUCCCAAGACCAACAAACCUAUCUGCUGGGAUGCGGCCACACACAUGGGAUGCACAAGAGGCGACAAGUGCCAGCACGCGCACGAGCCUUUGCCGGGAUUGGCCAAACUUGACUACACAGUUGCCAUGCAGGUCAUUCGAAGAGGAGGACUCAAAGGUGGGCCGAAAAUCGAUCCCAAAGAGGUCGACGGAAGGGUCGCUCAGCUGCGAACCCAGGCAGCGGCGGAUAAGGCCGACAAGAUCCAACCUAGCAAGAAAGCGAAAGUCAAGCCCAAGCCAAAGGCCAAAGCUGGGAAGGAAGCUGAGGGUAAAGCUGAAGAAGACAAGGUUGGGAACACCCAGUGGGUCGCACCUGAAGACUAUGAUAUCCCUCUGACCCAUCUCGAGACUGACUUGCAAGAGGCGGUUCAGGGCCCAGAUGAGGGCUGGCUGCGAAUACCCUCACAACCCACUGAGCAAGAAGCCGCUCCGGCUUGGGAUGACCAGAGCCAAGAGGAGCGGGAAAGGCUGAAACGAUGGAAGUCGCUGGAGGAGAAAGGGGUUCUGGCGGCCUUGGAGUCGCCCACGGAUUAUCUCAGGUCCCAUGUGAUUGCACGCAUGAUGGCAGCACAAGAUGAAGGAUAUGAACUGGAGCUGAACCGGUGUCUCGAAGAUGCGGCAGAACAUGGACAUCCCGCGCUCUCUAAGGAAGCCGGACGUCAACUUGAGCUCCUCAAGCACGAGCCAAAAGCGGGUCACCAAGCGGAUGUCGAAUUUACGCCCAUCACAUGGGACGAGGGUAUUGGUCAUGGCCUGUUGAACUUUCAAGGAAACUUGUCGCAUAUCGGCUCAGUCACGGUCCGUGACUACCAGGAUCGCUUGAACGCAAAAGACAGCGAGGUCCCACUGCAAGACGGGCAGUUGGAAGAAGAGCGCCAAUGCCUGCCUCUUCAUGUGGGUGUCGGGUUAGCGUUGGCCGAUGAUCCAUCUGUAGAACUACGAGAGGCCGUAGCCAGAGCCAACCAGUUGAGAAAACAUCUCUGGGAUGAAGCAGUGGAGGCUCACGCACACCUUGGCGAUCCGCCAGCGUGGAUACCUGAGGGCGAGCACUUCUUGCGUCAAAACGUCCAUGAUUGCCUCUAUCCUCACCACGAGAAAGACUACCGCGCCUUGCAAACCCUCACAGGAUCCAUGCUGCAAGGAUACACGUUGGCGGUCCUCAGGAUUUCCUAUUUUGGUCGGUUGGAGGUCGACUUGCUCCACGGAGAUGAUGCUGGCAAUGGGAAGCUAGUUUUCGUUACCAUCCACCGGGGGCAUAUGCGCCUGCUUCUUCCACAACAGCCCCAGCAGCUGUUGGAUCACCUGAGGACUGCAGACAAGGUCACCAGGGAACUUCAGGUUGAACAUUGGAGGGUGAUCUUGGACCAGAGCAAAGUGGAGGAUCAGAUGGUUCCAGCCAAGUCCCCCGCCUGCACAAGAUGCCAGCAACAGCAGCAAAGGCCUUAUCGUGUUGGUGAAGGAUUCCCGUUGCCACCGGCUUCAUUUGAGUCCUGCUUGCAGGAUGAUCCACAGGCUCUUCAAAACAGCGGUGUGCCUCUGCGAAAAAGGCUCGCCUUCGCCUAUGGGCCAAUUGGUCAAGAGGUGUACGCUGGAUGGGCAGGAUGGACCAAGGGGCUUCAGUACCAGGGGAUCCCGUGCGGAGAACCCAUUGAAUACUAUGAGGACCCGAUCGAGCAAAAGGGCUUUAAGCCGCAGCAUGAUACCCGUGACCCGAAGGUCCGAGAACGAUUGCUGGGAUUAGCUGGUGCUCCACCAGGGCCCGAUGUCCCCAACACUUGGCAGCUUGGAGUCGUUUGUACUUCCUUCUGCGACCACCAGCUGAAGAACGGUGGCAGCAGGACCUGGCAACGCCCACAAGGCGACGGCACUCGUCCCUCUGAAGUUCAAGGAAAUGAAGACGCAGAGUUCGCAGCCGAACUUUGUACGGUUCUGGCGGACAACGGAAGAGUCUUCGCAUUGGAGAGUAGCGCGCCGUCGGGCCGCUACCCCAAGAUAUGGGACCUGCCUUGUAUGCAGAGGCUCCGCCGCCGCACCGGCGCAAAAAUUGUCUCUAUGGCUAUGUGCGCUUGGGGUCUGGGACCGCCUGAGACUGAGGAGGGCCUGUUUCAUCGCAAGCAUUCUUGGUGGCUGGUCUCCCCAGAACUCUACCCAUGGGCCUUGUUAUUCCUUGGUAGGCAGUGCCCAGGAGUCGGCCCGACUCACCAGCACGCACCCUUGAAGGGACCCAGUCCAAUUCCUCAAGUACCUCUCACUCGACUGGCACAGCAAUACGCACCAGCUUUGUGUGCAGCCUGGGGUCUGGUAGUCCGAGCAGCCUUUGAAGAAUGGAGCUGGACAACAUAUCUGCAAGAGCACAGCGUGCUCAAAGCCCUAGAGAAAUGUUGGACCGAACUGGACGCACCCCCUUGGCCGGCUGAUCCAGCCAAUACGUUGGAGCGAACCCUUGGCCAACAUUUGGCACCGGUGGUUGCUGGCCAAGCGGAUGGACCAGGCCUCCCACAUGGCUACACCUGUUCAGGAUGCGAACUCCAACAGAUGGUCUACCCUUGUACGUUUUGUGGGGGGGAGGGGUCUGUUUCCGAUCCCGAAAAGCAAGCUGAGGGGCAGGGCACAAGGGCAGGCAGCGUGGACGACGCCAAUGGCCAAAGCACUGCUGAGAAAUACUUGGAGGUAUGCCAGAGUGCUUACAGCAAGGAGGCAGUGAGAAAAGCCACAGAGGCAGGAAAUGCGUUGUUGAGGGCCGCCGGCUCGGUGCCAAGAGCAGCUGAAUUAGUCAACAAAGCGAGGCUGAGGAAGUAUGGGGAACACUUCCAGAAGGCAAAGGAAGGAGCACUGAAAGGGCUCAGCCCCCUACACGAGCAAUACUUGAAAGACUGUGUGCUCAAGGGCGUGCCCAGCCGAGCUAAGAGUACCCCCAAGAGAGAGAAGGCCCGAAACCACGGCUCCGUCAGGGGGCACGAGGAAGAGAUGCUGCAGAAGGCAUGGAAAGACGCAUCUUAUGGGGCGGUACUUCUGUGUUCCACAGAGACCGAGGACCAAGAAGAAAAUCGGCAAAUCGACCAGAUACUGACCGAGAGCAAGGUGGCCGAGAGCCCUCUCGGCCGAGUGCCCAAGCAAACCCCCGACAGAACCAUCUCAGCGGAAGGUCGUCCCAUCAACGAUAUGCGAGCCAGGAAUGCUUCGGGCUCCAAAUACGACCCCCCCCCCGCCGCUCAGCCUAGGCACAGAGCAGUGGUCAGGCAAAGCCUUUGGUGGAGGGUGCGACACCCGAAGGUUCCACAGAGGUGUGCGAAACGCGAUGUGCCAAGGGCUUUCAAGUGGCACUUCCUCAAGCCGGGCGAUGUCCCUGAAUUCUGCACGAGGAUUCUAGGUGUGCUGAUCCUGAGUCUGGUGAUGGUGUUCGGUUGGGUAGGAGCGCCAGGGAGUUCGUGA